AUGGCUCCACCGAUCACUCAACCGGCAACAACAAACUCAAAUUUAACGACAACCGGUAGCUCAAUACCAACAAAUCGUCUUGAACGGGAUUCAAAAAAACACGAUCGACGAUCGGAUCUUGUCUGUCGUGUUCGUUACACAAAUGUAUUACCUGAUCUUCCAUUUGAUCCAAAAUUUCUACGAUAUCCUUUUAGUCAAGACAGAUUUGUUCGUUAUAAACCAACAUCUUUAGAAAAAAAUUAUCGUUGGGAUUUACUUACAGAACAUGAUGUUGGUGUUGAAAUUGAUCUCAUUAACCCAGAUGCAUAUGCUACAAAUAGAAAACUAACAGAAGAAGAUGAAAAAUUAUUAGAAGAGGAAACAGCUAGUCCAGCCAAUCUUAAACGAUCAUUACUCAAUCAACGAAGUGUACCAUGGCUUCGUAAAACAGAAUAUAUUUCAACAGAGCAAAGUUCAAUUAAAUCAUCAUUGAAAUUGGGCGAAGUCAGAUCCAGUUCUGUUAAAGAGAAACUUCGUGAAGAUUCUCUUAAAUAUUUAACAAAAGAUCGUCUAUUACAAAUAGUUGAAGAAGGUUUCGAAACUGCCAAAGCUCCUCUUGACAAACAUUACAGCAAGCCAUCCGUAGUGAAACUAGAAGAAUGGCCAUUGUUUCCUGAUUUCGACAAUUGGAAAUAUCCAUUUGCUCAAGUUAUAUUUGAUGAUGACCCGUCCCGUAAAGAUGCUACAGUAACAGGUCAAGAACAAAUGGAAGAAAUGUCCCAAGCAGUUAUCAAAGCACUAAUUGAUGGCGACAAUAAAGAAUAUAUUGGUUAUUUUCUACCUACUGCUGAAACACGAGCAAAACGCGCACGAGAAGAACAAGAAGAAGUUGAAGAUCCUGAUGAGUCGUAUGAUUUUAAAUUAAUACGUGAAUAUAAUUGGAAUCGAAAAGAUAAAACGAUGAGUGGCUUUGAAGAAAAUUACUUUUUAAGUGUAAAAGAUGAUUCAAUUGUUUAUAAUGAACUUGAGACAAGAGUACGACUAAGUAAACGACGAGCUGCAGGUGGUGGCUCGAAGCCAGCUAAUCUUCGACUUAUUCAACAUUAUCGACAAUUUCUUGAAUUGGAAGAAAAAACUCAGAGAAAACGUUUGAAAGCCUUCGAGAAUGAGGAUGAAUUAGAUGCUGUUCUUGAAGAAGAACAUGGAGGUGAAACACCUGAAAAUGACGAAGAAGAGGAAAACGAUGACGAACAGCACCAAGAAGAAGAAAGAGAUGACGAACAUGCAGAUGCACAAGAAGACGACGAAGAAGAAGAGCAAUCUAAUGAUUAA